GCGCCGGCGUCGACGCACUGGAAGCUGCUCGGGGUGCUUGCGUCGCCAGCUCAGUAGCCGCACGGCCAGCGUCGCGGGGAGACGCACGCGCGUCCGCCACCCGUCGCUGCUCAGUGCGCGCCAGGCCGCCGUCAAGCUCGCCGCCGCGUCGGGUGCCGUCCUCGUUCGCGCGACCAAAAGGCCUCGAGCGCAGGACCGAUGGCUCGGGUGGACGGGCCGCCGCUGGUGUGAGCAGCAGCAGCAGCAGCAGCAGCAGCAGCAGCAACAGAACAGCAGCGGCGCGCGACCGACGACGCUGGACAUGAGGUGGCCGAGUCGCCCGCGGCCGACUCGCUGGCCAGCGGCUGCCGGCUCGCUGCUCAUCCUCGUCCUAGCCGGCGUCGCCGUACUAGGCACGCUUGGCGAGAUCGAAGUGUCGAUAAAGAUCCCGAUGGCCGUGGCCGAAAAUUCGACCGUCAAUAUGACCUGCGAUUACGAUCUGCACUCACUGCCGUUAUACGCGGUCAAGUGGUACAAAAGCCAAAACGAGUUCUACAGGUACAUCCCCAAGGAGCUGCCAUCCCGGUCCACGUUCGGCGCCCUCGGCGAGAAAGUCGACCUGAACAAGAGCGACCACCAUAGCGUCAUCGUGAACAACGUGAGCAGCGAUCUGGCCGGCAAGUAUCGCUGCGAGGUGUCCACCGACCUGCCCUUGUUCCUCACCAGGAUGGAGUCCGGCUACAUGAACGUCGUCAAGCUGCCGGACGGCAACGUGACGGCUCGCGUGGAGAAGCCGAGAUACGCGCUGGGCGACACGGUGCGAGGCAACUGCAGCGUGCCGCUGAGCAACCCGCCCGCCAACAUCACCUGGACUGUCAAUCGGCUUCCGAUCAACUCGAGCUUCACCAGGAACGUGACGGUCGGCCUGCGAAACGAGAGCCGCACGCUGAGCCUCGCCGGCAUCGAGUUCGACGUCGACUCGGACAGCUUCCAAGGGGGCCGCAUCGUCGUCAGCUGCCGCGCCGAAGUCUUCCACCUCUACAAGCGCCAAGUGAACCUGCUGCUCGAGGAGGAGCGCCCGAGGCUCGCCUCCGUCCUCGGCACCCGCGAAUCUUCCCACAACCACGGCGGCGGCGGCGGUGGCGGCGGCGGCGGCGGCGGUGGCGGCGCGACCGGCGGUGGCGCCGCGCUCUGGCUGUCCUGGACGCUGUUGCUCGCUGACGCGCUGGCGCUCGGCGCCCGCUUGAGAUAGCACAUCGGCGGCGCGGUCCAGCAGAGCUCCUCGCACGCCACCCCGACGACGGACCAUCCAAGCGGCUGAGCUCGUCGCACCGUCGCACCAUUGCAUAGCCACCUUCCUCCCCUUCUCCCCUCCUGCCCCCGGGUCCUAGUCACCACUGAUCGACAACGACGCGAACAAGCCUACGGAUACGCGCGUCUACGCGACGCAUACUUAUACGUACUCACCUACAUGGAUACAAAUAUUUAUAUAUACACCCACGCUCACGCCUGCGUGUAUACAUACAGAUAUGUUGUAACGUCGAAAUAAAUAAUAUGAAAUGUCUCACCGCGACUCGUCUGCUCUCAUCGAGCCAGUGUUAUUUGUGUAAAUAGAAGAUGUACUAAUUUAGCGAACAUUGUCUAUGUACUUAUGCAUAUAUAUAUAAUAUACGUAUAUAUGCAUAUAUAUAUAUUGCAAGUGGCGCGUUGCGGUAGCCGUUGUGGUAAGCGAUUUUGUGUAACGUACACGUUUAAUUAUGUCGUGAUAUAUAUGCAUCACGACCUACGUACACGCACGCGCGGCUCAUCCCGGCCAAGUUUUUACUCUGACUGUAGAGAGGCGGCUCAGCCGAUCAUUGCAGCUCGUGCACGUAUACGACAGAACACGUAAAAGAAGAAAUCUUUUGCUUAUCCAAGAUUUGAAAAAUCCAACGCUCUGCAAAAACCAAUGGCAGGCCAAUUAUCGACUAUAUUGGAAGGCUCGCUGCCCCGACAAGUUUUCCUUAGUUUCGGGAGGGCAACAGCUCACUUGAUUCGCCUUAGUCAGGAGACUGCCUUCAGAUAUGUAUAUUAUUUAUUGCCGCGUGAGAAUUGCACUUAUCGUCGACCAUUAUUAAUGUAAAUAUCUCUACCUGCUGUAAAUUUGAAAUAUUUUUAAGCGGCUUUCGGGCAAUUUCAUUUAUUUUACGGGGAACUUUUACCGGGAUUGGUCUCACUCGACCAAGUAGUACCGAACUUGAGAGCUUCAUUUUUAUUGCCUACUAAAUUGCAAUAAACAAGAUGCCGAAAGACAAACGAGGCGAAUCGAAUGAGCCAUUGCACUUCGAAAACUUGCAAAACUUGCGGAGCUAUGACAUUUGAAAAGCAGUCAAAAAUAAGCUCUGAGUGGCGCUAUUACAUGCAUCAAUACUCUUUACUCCAAGAAAGUUAAAGGAUACCUUUUGACUUGUCGAACAAGUAUUAAGUAGCUUAUCCGAUGUCAAAUAGCCAACUAGUGUAAGCAGUCUUUGAAAGCUCAGCACUUUCCUUCAACAUGUUUCGUCGUAUAUAUAAAAGUGCCGUCUCAAUCGGCCCACCCAUCUCUGCAAUCAAAAUAAAAAUAUAUCCAAGUAGAUCGAAGGUGUUCCCUCGUAUGUAAUAUCAUGAACAAAGUAUGUUUCCAUCGUCUCGCCUCGUCGAGAGCCAGUUAAAGUGUACCUAUGCAAUAUUAUACGAUAUGCCCAAUGGAUAUAUUUUUUGUUCACCGACAAUUUCUUUCGCACUUGUCUUUCAAGUGCAAUUGCCGUACGCACACUUCGACAACCUAUUAUUGAGCGUUUGAGAUAUAAUGUUGUUAUCGUUUCCCAUGGAAUCUUGUUUAUAUGACUAAUGAAUAAAAUUAUUGAUUCGGUGAUUUCUUUAUUUGCCAAUCCUUAUUAUUCCUUCAUCUCUAUCCUUUCAUUUUUCAAUUUUAAUACCAACG